CGAUCUUCCCUCGCUGGUCGUCUCAGGCUUCCACGGACUCAAUUUUGAUGUCUGCUCUGUGAUCAUGAAAUGGACAGAUACCUGCUUCUGAAAGAGGAAAGGCAGGAGCUGCAGGAGGAAGAAGAAAAAUAGACGGGAGCAGGGAGAGAGAGAGAGAGAGAGGGAGAGAGAGAGAAAAAGGAAGCAGACUGCUGUUUCACACACUGGUGGUGAAGUUGAGCCCCUCACAAGAAUUCUCCUGGCUAUGUCCGCCAUCUGGAAUGUCGAGUCACUUCCUCUGUCUGCCCUGCGCUCUAACGGGGUUGUCCUCUGCCUGUCUGCACCCUCCCUCUGCUCUGACAGCACUGUGAGGAACCACUGGAGACCACACCAGCACGGACAGGACGCUUCUUCUGACAAGACACACACGCCAGCACACAAACAGCCAGCAUGAAAGCAAGACCCCCGGAGCAGCCCACGUCCAACCAGACUCACUCUAAAUGGAAUUUGGGCCUGGAAGAACCAAAGACAAGUGCAGUCAUCAGCUGAACUUUUUGGAGGGUGUUCCUAUUCCCUUAUAUGGCAACAGAGCUGGGAAAUCAUUUGAAUUAGUCUGGUUUCUGUUGCAUGCCUGUCUGGUUUUAGUGCUGACUGAGUUCCAUCUGGUAUGUUUCUGUCUCUGCCGUGUGCGUGUGUGAGUGUGUGGGCGCUGUGUGUGCGGCCUGAUUUGUUUGUUUUGCCAUUCUUGGUUCUUCUUUUUCUGUUGUUUGCAUGUGGGGUUUUUGUUUUGGGACAAGAGGAGGGCUUGUGUUUGUGGUUAAGCUAGAGGCACCGUCAUUGCCUGAGGGCUGGCUGCUUCAUUCAGACUCUGCAAGCACCUCUCGCUAUUUUUCCUCUCCCUCCCUCCCUCGCACUGCUGUGAUGGUCUGUGUUUGUUGGAGCAACACACCCACCUGGGUUCAGAAACUUGCAACUAAAAACUGAAACCGGGUCUCUCUACACAAGGAUAUUAUGAGAAAGGUGGACUGGAGCUUCUGCUGAAGAGGAGGCUGUUGUUCAUGUGGACAAACCGCACAAUCGGUUGGAUGUUUCUUUUUCCUUCUCCAGUGCAACAGGAUGUGUGACCCAGAGGGAACAAACAAGGACCCAGGAAGUGCUAGCUGAUAAAAACAAGGCAUCUCUCAAGAUUGAUUGCCAUGGCUACGGCAGCAUGGUAUCAUCGUGACAUCAGCCGUGUGCACGCAGAGGACUUGCUGGCACGGGCAGGGAGGGAUGGCAGCUACCUAGUGAGAGACAGCGAAUCUGUGCCAGGAGCGUAUGCCUUGUGCCUACUGUUCCAACGUCAUGUUCACACCUAUCGUAUUCUUCCUGAUGCAGACGGCCUCCUAGCAGUCCAGACAACACAGGGAGUGCAGGUAAACUGUUUCCGGACACUGGAGGACCUGGUUUUGGGGUACCAGCAUCCCCACAAAGGCCUGGUCACUCCUCUGCUCUACCCUGUUCCCCGUGACACCGACAGCGGGGAUGAGAGCUCAGAUGAUGAGAAGCCGCCUCCAGGUCUAGCCUCUGUCAACAUGGUGCCUGUCACAGCACCACCAGCAAAACCAGCCCCUCAUGCCCUGUUCCUGGAUAAGUUACAGGAACUGAACACAUCCGGUACUGCGGGUGAGGUGAUUGGUCUGCUCAACGACUACCUCUUCAGUGAGCUGCCUCUCGACAUUGAGAAUGUGCAUAAAGGAGCGACGACUCUCUGCCACCUCAAGCGUACUCUGGGCACUGCCUGCCAAGGCCUAAACAGUGAGAUUGACUUGACUCUCUCAAGUCUGGAAACCCUGGCCAAGGUCUUUGACCAUCCUAGCUGCUCUAUAUCACACACAAAGGCACAGGGUCCGGAGAUGGAGAUAGACACCUUGUUGUGUAAGAUUUCAGCGUUGGUCAGCCUUCUUUCUUCGCUGGAGAAAAAGGUAUUAAAAGCGCUACAAGAUGCAGUGACCAAUCAUAAUCUGGCAGUGCAGCCUAACCCACCUCCUCCUGAACCAACACCCACCAAUGCAACUUCUGUCAAGAACCAUGCCCGGCAGCUGCCAGUCCACUCCUUUCAGGUGAAGAUGGUGCGCUACGGCAGACAGACUGUUUCAGUGGAUGUGGAUGUAGGAGUGCUGCUCUUUGAUAGGAAGGCUGGCUCAUUUGGUGUAGAGAGGGUCUCACAUGACAGAAUCCUUCAGAUUGUCAAGUUCCAGAGUAGUCCAGCCAAGGUACGCAUGGUGGUCGACAGCCACCACAACACACCACGGGAGAUGACGUUUGAGAGUGCACGGAAACGUGAUGCCUUCUGCCAACUCCUCCAGCUGAUGAAAACCAGACACUCUCAGCUGAGUGAACCUGAUGUCAUCUCCGUUUUCACAGGCACUUGGAAUAUGGGUGGUUCACCUCCUCCUCGCAGCCUGCAGUCGUGGGUAACCUGCUGUGGUUUGGGACAUACCCCUGAUGAGUCGAUCGCCUUGCUGCCUCAUGACAUCUAUGCUUUGGGGACUCAAGAAAACCCUCAGGGGGAGAGAGAGUGGACUGAGCAUAUCAAAGCAACCCUUCGCAGCUAUACUCAGAUCGACUUCAAACAAGUGGCAGUACAGUCCCUCUGGAAUAUGAGGCUGGCUGUGUUUGUGAAGCCGGAGCACGAGAGUCGCAUCAGUCAUGUGAACACUGCCAGUGUGAAGACUGGCUUGGGUAACACUUUGGGAAACAAGGGAGCGGUUGGGGUCUCCUUCCUCUUCAAUGGAACAUCUUUUGGGUUUGUUAACUGCCACCUGACCUCUGGAAGUGAGAAAGUGCUUAGGAGGAACCAGAACUUCGUUGACAUCCUCAGACUGCUUUCUCUGGGCGACAAACAGCUCGGCGCCUUUGACAUCAGCCUGCGCUUCACUCACCUCUUCUGGUGUGGAGACCUCAACUACAGACUGGACUUGGACGUACAGGACAUUCUGAAACACGUAUCUAAGAGGGAGUUUGAGGAGCUCAUGUGUGCAGACCAGCUGACCCGUGAAAGACACAAGAGGAAGGCCUUUCUCCAUUUUAAGGAAGAGAAGAUUGCAUUUCCACCCACCUAUCGGUAUGAGCGGGGCUCCAGAGACUGCUACCUAUGGCAAAAGUACAAGACUUCAGGGGUGCGAGUUAAUGUUCCGUCAUGGUGUGAUAGGAUUUUGUGGAAGUCCUACCCAGACACACACAUUAUCUGCACGGCAUACGGUUGCACGGAUGACAUCUUCACAAGUGAUCACUCACCUGUUUUUGCCACUUUCCAAGUGGGAGUGACAUCACAGUUCAGCUCCAAAACAGAUCCAAAUUCAGGCGUAGAGAGGGCCUGGAUAGAGCUAGAAGGCAUUGAGGCCAUUGUGAAGACAGCAAGCAAAGCAAAAUUCUUCAUUGAGUUUUAUUCGUCUUGCCUAGAAGAGACACGCCGCUCAAGCGAGAAUGACUCACAGAGCUGUGAUGUUCCUGGGUUUCUCAAACAAGCCUGGUCGUUCAAGCAACUGCCAAAGCUUCUUCCAAUCAAGUCCGACAUGGAGUAUCUCCAGGAUCAGCACCUGCUGUUGUCUGUCAAGUCAUGUGAUGGGUUUGAGUCAUACGGCGAAUGCUGCGUGGCUCUCCGCUCACUUAACGGUGCAUCGGAGCAAUUUGAGACAUUUCUGAGUCACCGAGGUGAGGAAAUGGGCUCCAUAAGAGGACGGGUCCGCAUCCAUGUGCCCAAAGACCGGCGAGGAACUCGAGAGAAAAUUUAUGAGUGGUUCUGUUUUGAGAAAGAAGAUAAAGGUCCUGUAAGGGGACACAUGUCUCCUGCACCUACACGGGUCCCAAUGAACAGGUCUUCGGCAGCUCCUUCCAAACUUACCCCGAGCAGUUACACCAAUCCUGCCUACUUCAUCUUCGAAGGUGUGUCAGUGACACGCAAGGUGGAGGAGGCUCUUCCCCAGCGAAGGGACCCUCAGGUGAUCUGGUCUGGAAAUGAGGCUUUGCAGCUCCCAAAACUCUCAGGACGGCAGGGCUUUGAGAGGAGACCCAGCCGUAGAUCAGACUUUACAGAGAUUGAAAUUCCAGCCAUCCUGCCCCAGUACACUCCAACCAAUGAACUUCAUACACCCCAAACCAACUCCUCCUAUCAGCUUUUCCCAGCCAAAAACCCAUCUCCUAUACCUCCACCUUCAAGUAACGCCAUCUCACAGUUCCAGGAACAGACUGCACAACCCAGAGACAAAUACCAUGGUAAAAAUAUUGUCCAGGACUCCAUAUUGCCAGAGAAGAACCUGAGGAACUUGUACAUGAAUCACUCAGCAAUCAUCAGGGAAAAAGCCAGAAGGGACCAACUUCUUCCAGAAAGGACCAAUCCUAUCCGGACAGCCAAAGCGCCAUCAGUUUUCCCCUACACGUCCACUCCCUUAACACAUUGCCAGGCCUCUGUUCCCUGGAUAGUGGGGCAGCAGCCCCCUGCGCCUACAGGAGACAACUCUCUCACUGCUUUGCAAAUUGCCAAGUCCCUCAGUGAGGUCGACUUCUUCCCCACAGAGCAGAGAAGCCCAUCCAUACCCAACCAGAGGCCAAACUAUAGGAAUGGCCCCACAAUGCAUGGAGAGAGGGGCUACAGCUGGGAGAAAGAGGUGUCUGUCCUCCAAGGAGCACCUGAGACCGUCCGGGAGCUUCUCAGUACUCUGGGUCUGCAGAAAUACACCUUGGGACUCAGCCUCAAUGGCUGGGAUGAUCUAGAUUACUUCAGUGGCAUCACAGAGGAGGAUCUACGCGCUGCAGGAGUGACGAACCCUUCACACCGACGCAGGAUCCUCGAGAACCUGCCCAGGAACUGGAACUGACAUGGAUGGAUGAAUAGCGUGGACAUUAGGAAGCCUCACUGUCAUCUGAACUAGAACUGGAAGAACUAUAAUCGGAUCACAUCAGCUGGGCUUUUACCACAGCCCUGCCAUCCUUUCAUUUACUCGAUCAAUACUGUAACAAUAGUAUGUCUGUGUCAAUACAGCAAAGGGAACAUAAUGCAGGAAGUACUUGUCUGUUUUAUUCAUCUCUCCAUCUUGACAGAUAAUGAUGGAGUGUGGGAGAUGCCACAUGUACAAAUACUGAUUAUGGUAUCAAGGUCUCAUUGAUUUUAUUUUAAAUGACUUUUAGACGACUAUAAAAAUAUAGUCCUUCAAUUUUCAGUGUUCACUCAAACCUAGUGUUUACCAUUCACCUUCAUCCCUUCUACUGUGUGCUUUCCAUUACUCUGCUAUUAUUGAGCCUGGAUCUGAGCUUGUAAAAGCCCUCAAUUAAACCUAUGGAGCAUAAAAUCCAUAACUGUACAUACUGUAUCUACUGGAACAUUGUCUGUAAAGUUGGCAAAGAAGGACCUGCCAUAUCUCAUUUGGUUUACUGUCUCAUUCUGUUGCUUAUCAUGUCACUUAAUCAGUACCUAUGUCCACUGUGCAUGUUUUAUGCAGCCUUUGUAAAGUGCAUAAAGCAACUCUUGACUGUCA